UUUAUUAAUGUUAAUCUGAUUGUUAUUUUCUUUUCUUCUCUUUUUUUCUUUUUCUGAUUUUUGAUAGUUUCGAAAAAUUUAAAGUAUUGACUUUGAUAUGGUUACAUGUUCUUCUUAUUGAUAUGGUUCCUCUAUGCAUGUAGCUUUGAUAUGCAAAUGAUUGUUAAUUUAGGGUUUUUUAUUUAUUUUUAUUUUGGAUUGGGUUGUUUUACAUUAUUAGUUUUUUGUGCUUAAUUUUGUGUACUAAUUUCUUUUUUCUUUAAUCUUUUGUUUCUUACUUUCUUUCUUUUUUUUUCUUUGCUGUAUCAAUUUUUGCUACUGUGCUUUAAAUUAUUUUUUAUGGGUUUUUUGGGGUUUUUUCAGUAUGGGUUUAUGGUCUUUAAAUGUGCUGUUUGUGUUGUAUUUUAAUGGGAUUUUCUUUCGUCUUAAUAGUAGUAAUUCUAUUUGAGAAACAUGCAACAUGUAUAAAGAUUGAUUGUAGGUAUAUGUGGUAAAUUUAUGCAACUAUUUUCAUGGCAGAAUUGGAUUACAAUGACUAUCUGCUUUAUGUCAAGAUUGCGUUCUAAUUGAUAUUAUUUCCUUUAAUUGAUUUAGUGAAAGUGCAUUUUUUUAAUUGAUACAAUUUUUAGGAGCGUUGGUGGUUCUUGUUUAUGUUAUUUGUUUUCUUUCUCCUAGCUUUCCAUUGUUUAUAUCUUUCUUUCUUUCUUUAUAGUGUGUGACUGUGUGCACACUUGUCUAAAUUUCAGUUUUGUAUAUCCUUCUGGAAAUGUAUAUAUUUCAGUACACUUUUACUUCCCCGGAACUAGUUAUGCCAUGGCGAGUGAAAAGCCAAAUCAAGGAGAUAAAUCACCAAAAUCUACUUCCUCUCCACAAAGUAAUGAAGAAUUUGCGUCCUUGCAUCCACUAAAUAGAGCUGUUGAUGAUGAUAAUAGUUUUGAUCAUGCGGCAUAUCCAGUUCCUUACUUAUCAAUUGGGGGUAUGUAUGAAGUGCCUCAACCUUAUGAACAGGAUAUGUCAUACUUUCCUAUCACUGAGAAUGAUAUUGGCCCAUUUAAUGUCUCUGCUUAUCCUGAAACUGGGUAUGGUUACUUUUAUGAGCCUGUCUCGGAUUUGCAAUCUUUGGUAGGGAAUGUUAAUGAAUUUGGUCAACAUGAUGCUCCUGGGGCUCUGGCAGCUGAGAGAAAUAUUAUAACCACAGGGACUGAUAUGGCUGGAGGCCUACAAAUGCCGAGGACUGGUGAAGAAGCAAAUGCUAAUGAUAUUUGUACACCUUGGUUAAUAGGAAAUCAAGGCACCUAUGCAGGUAGUCCACAUUUAUCAAGCCAUAGCCCAAGCACUAGAAGCUCGCAACUGUGCAGACCUGGUGGAGAAGCAAAUGGUAGUAAUAUAUCUAGGCAAUCGCUAAUGAGGAACCAAUUUUUCCAUUCAGGUACAUUACCAGUAUCAGACUAUAGCCUAAGUGGUGGAGAACUGCGAAUGAAUAAUAAUGUUAUGAGAGAUGCAGCUCAAUCUAAUCAUCCUGAAGCACUUGAUGGGAAAACUCUGACUCUUGGGAUUGGAUGUAAUGUGGAGACAAGAUCUGAACACAAGGUCUCCAGUAAAGAUAGCAACCAGAGCACUAAAAGGAUUGUCCUUCCCACAGUAAAUACUUCCUCUGGUCAAAAUAUUGCUAGAAGUUUUAUGAAUUCUAGUUCCAACAUGGCCAGUGGUUUUUCUAGUUUCCAAAAUUUUACGGGUGGGUUUUCAAGAUUAGCGCUGAAUGAGAGUCUAUACCAGACACAGAAUCCUGAUGCAUUUUCUAGUCUAGGGCAGAAUGCAGGCGGGGUUUCUUAUCCUGCAAGGAAUCUCAAUAGAUUAUCUAGUCUAGGGCAGAAUGCAGGUGGGGUUUAUCAUGAUGUAAAGAACGCUAAUAAAUUUUCUAGUCUGGUACAGAAUUCUGGAGGGUUCUUAAGUCUGACGCAGAAUGUGGAUGGAUUUUCUCAUCAAGCACAGAAUAUAGAUAGGUCUUCUGGUGUAGUGCAGAAUGUAGAUGGGUUCUCUAAACCAUCUAUAAAUGAGACAGGUCGAAUCCUGUCGCUACAAGUAGAUGAACAAAAUCUUCAUAUUCCAAGCAGGGGAAACUCAGGACUUGGAGAGAAAAGGGUUGAAAGAUUUGUUGAUGUAGAUAAUAAUGCAAGCUCUCAAGGCUUUCCAACCAAUUCAUCAAUACCACAUAUUAGCAAUGAAGUUGGUAAUACACCAUGGUUUAUAGCAACAGGGAUGCCAUCAUCAUCUCAGGAUCCUCACAUUGGAGCAGUCAGGAACUUUUCUCCCAUUAUUGGGGUCACAAGGAAUAGGGCCGGGCAGGAUCAGUCAGGUCAUCAUGUUAGUAAGGUGUCUGCUGCUCAAGCUGCUGAAUGUGGUACACUUUGCAAGAAUGGAGUUCAGCCUGAUAGUAAUGGUAAUCACCAUCUAUCUCAAGCCUUGGUUUCUGUUAAUCCUUCUAAAAGUUUAUUAGGACCUCCUCAUACUACUGACAUUCCAGCAGUAAAUGUUCCUGCUCAAUAUUCUAGCAUUUCUCCUGAACCAUGUCGUAAGAGGGCUGCAAGCGCAUCUCCUUCUGAUGUUACCAAAGCUCCGCGGACGAAAACGAGAGUAACUAAACCUCGCAGUCAUCUGUCUACUGCAGCUUUGGCCCAAACUGGUGUGCCUGAUGCACCUCUAGCUCCAGUUAAUUCCUUAAGCCCACGCAUACCUCACACUAUUCGCUGUCGCCCACCUCUAUCCUACACUUCUUCCCAUCUCCCAUCCUUGGCCAGAACUUCUCCUCUGCGGUAUGUAAAGCACCAAGCCAAGGAUGAAAAAACACUUGUACCAAGUGGAAAUAAGUGUUACAUAUGCAACAGGGAUCUCUCCUUCACACCAGAAGGCCCCAUCGACCAGCCAAAGCAACCAAUACCUGUUGCUGUCUUGCCAUGUGGUCACCACUUUCAUGAUUCUUGCUUGCAGCGCAUCACUCCUGAAGAUCAAGCUCAAGAUCCUCCAUGCAUCCCUUGUGCUAUAGGUGACAAGAACUAGCUGCUGUCUUCAUGAUUAUUCAAAUUCUUUGCUUUUUUUGACUUCUUGAUGGCCUUAGUCAGGAUAUAAUGGGGAAAAUGAGAAGUUUAUAGAAGAGUGGUUAAGGCAAACACAGCUAAUACUCAAGUAACUGUAUAUAGCAGAUGAUGGGUAUAAAUAGGAUUAGUAGGUCAUCUCAUGUAGUAGAUAUGCCAUUCUAAGGUGUAUAUAGGGGUCCAUACAAUACCAUUAAGAUGAUAUAUCUCUUCUCAAUUGAAUAUUUAAUCCUUCAACUGCUAAA